AACACACACUUGAGUUUGACUUGGCGAACCACAUGACGCCGCCAGCGCCCAGCUUGAGAUCCAGACCAGACGGGAGUUGCAGGCCAAGUAGUGAGUAUGGGCGUCCGGACACGAAUCAAGGUCAAUCAAGGUACGUACGCUCCGCUAGACACUGCUGACAGGUAUGUACUUGUGGCAUGCUCCGGACAGGCUCUAGGCACGUCAUGUUCACGCCGUUAGACACCACUGACAUGUGAUCAUAUACUGGCAUUCUAACGACAUGCUCUGGGCACGUGAGUCAUGUGCAGCACAAAUUAGACUGGUAACCAUACUAUCACGAGUUCGCCGUUUAAUACCUCUAAGGUGUCCACCCGCCCGGUUUAUUAGGUCACGGGGGGGGGGGGGGUCACAGGGUUAGUUUCAGUACAUCCCUUAGCGGCGAUUACUUGAAAGGGCGACUACCAGAAACAGUCCUAUGCUUAGCAGACAGGGCCCAUCACCCAUAAGCCUACUAUACUAGCGGAGAAUGGUGACCAGGCUAAGCAGACAUGGGUCACGUGUAAGUAUCAUGGAGAACCGGGUAGAUUAAGCCAGGCAAUAAGAGGACAAUGGGCUUUGGGAAGGAAAAGUUUAUUUUGCAUUAAAUGCCUCUAAACGUACAUUAACUUAGUAUCAUUUCUUUUUUUUAAAGUUACUAAUGUCUCUAAUGUCUCUACUAAAGUCUCUAAACAACUCACAAAAUGCAGUGGAAGCGUUGGCAAGGUACUUCAGUUUGAUAAUUUUAUCCCUGGAAAUUCAUACUACCUAAAUAAUCGUACAGGUUACAGCUUCUAUUGUCACUCCUUGUCUUUUCAAAAUAAAAUCAAACAUGUACCAAAUGAUGGCCAAAGUAUAAAAAGUAUAAAUUUGUAGGGUGUGUGUUACAGUCAUAUCCUACAGCUGAUGCCGUAACGUUACACUUGACUUUAAGAUGUGUAGUUUUUUGCCAACAAAACAGCCUUUGCACUUUAUCAUUGUUAAAUGUAGUUUUGUUAUCGUUCUCGCUUUUGUAAAGACCGAACUAACUGACAUAAUGGUGAUUGAAUAUCUUGGGAACAAAGACUCCAUAGGCGACAUUGAAGGCAACAUGCAGAAUCUUCACUGUUUGCAUGCUAGGUUCAAGUUCAAGAGGACUCCUGACAUGCUUAGCGCCGGCAGACCGGACCAUCUGCUGGCCACAGCAGGACUGGCCGUGGUUUGUAAUGCACUCAUGGUGCAGUUAUGUUUUCUGUUUCUUCCCUUCGCAAGCUGGUUGGCCCGUGGCUUCUGCAAUUAUUUUUCCGUGAAAGGUUCUUCCCGUUGUCUCUCUCCAAGCAGCAGUGGAUGAGAAAGCUGACCAUGAGCAUCAUGUCGUCAGCCUUGGUGGGUACCACAGCAGUGAUAGUGUAUCUGUCAGAAGAACAACUGGAUCCCAAACAUCUAAGACAUGACAUUCCGACUGUUAGCUUCAACUGUGCCUUUAUGCUGGGCCACACAGUAGCAGAUACCCUGGCUCACACGUUGCUCAAAACCAACACUAUGACAAACUAUUUUCAACUAAUAUUACACCAUAUCAUCACAUUGGGAGCAAGCUUCGCUGGCACCUUCUCCGGUUGCCUGCCGUACUACGUCAACAUUGGACUGAUGAUGGAAGUGUCGACUGUUUUCUACUGCUCAUACAUCAUGGCGAGGGAGCUCAGCUAUCUAAGGCAGAGCUUAAUCAUUGGAGUCUUCUUUUUAUCGACGUUCUUCUGUGUGAGGAUCUUACUUGGGUUCUGCAUCUUCUGGUAUCACCUGAUACCACUACUGCAGACCCCGGAGUUCUACGAUCUGGACUUGCCCGUACUGCUGGCACUGUUCGGCUGCUUUCCUGUCUUCCAGCUGCUGAACCUGGUCUGGUUCCCCCUGGCGUGCAAACGGUACAUUCAGGACUGCAAAUCCAUCAACACGCCUGGAUCCAUCUCCGUGGAGAAGAAUGGGUUACAUAACAAAACCGCUUAAAGUGAUAUCUGCAGUCCAAUAGCACUGUUGAAAAAAUAUGUACAUUUACAAGGAAAUGAUGGGACACUAUAUGGUUGGAAUCUAAAUAAGGAAAGGAAAGUAACCUGCAUGUACGGGUUAGGAGGGAGAUUUUAUGUCUAAAUGUCUAACCCGGAUGUCAAACUGACAAAUGAAAUGCUUACAAGGUCUUACCUAAUUAGUGGAGUAAUGUUAAAAACAGGUCGGUUUGGAGAUCUCCCGUUUAUGAUAGUGCAGCUGCAGAAACCCGCAUUUCGGUAGGUAAGCUUGGUUACAGGGUGGAAUUUACAGCCCGACAUUCACAUGUAAGCUACGUCACAAAUUGAACAUUGGUGGAAUAACCGUAUGGCAAAUAGAUAAUACAAGACUGUUUGUCCAAAAUGUAUAGACGUUGUAACAGUGAGUUAGGCACACCUAGGCAACUACACGUACAGUAGGUUACUUGUCAUGUAUAAUUUUGUAUUUAUACCAGUAAUUAUAGCAUUGUACACAGUUUUACCUGAUGGCUAUGACGGAAUCCUCUUAACGUUUAUACCCAGGUGCGCCUUGCCAUUCAUAUAUUCAUUCAUUUACUUAAUGCAUCAAUCAUGCACUGUUGAUUACCAACAGUAUAAAUCAUCAAACAUAAGACACAA